UUACCUUUUCAUCAAUUUUACUCUUUCUGCUUCCUUCUUCUUUCCUCUUUCCUCCCUCCUCUUUCCUCUUUUCCCUUUUCCCUUUUCCCUUUUCCCUUUUCCCUUUUCCCUUUUCUCUUUUCUCUCUUCUCUUUCCUUCGGUGCUACUCUAUCGCAUUUGACAACCGAUCAUGUCACGACGACUUGAUGAAAAACACUCCAGGAUCUUGUCUGGUCUCCUAAAGUUGCCAGAGAAUAAAAAGUGCUUCGACUGCCCAUCCAAGGUCAAUGUCUAUGCUAAUCUGUUCAACAAUACAUUCAUCUGCGAGAAAUGUUCUGGUUUGCACCGUGAACUCAAUCACAGGGUCAAGUCUAUUUCAGCGUCCACCUUCACUCCCGAGGAGGUUUCUGGUCUGCAAAAGGGGGGCAAUGGGGUCGCCAAGAGCAUUUGGUUGGCAACAUGGUCCUGGCGAGAAUACCCAGAACCAGAUGCACAUGAGGUGGACGAAGUCCGUCAAUUCAUGAGAGCCAAAUAUGUCAAGAAACAAUGGUAUCAGGAUCCCAACGGAGGCACCAGCGCCAACAACAAUGCUUCUGAGCCUCACUUCACUAGCCCACAAAAUCCCUCAGCGCCUAACACCAGUUCUAGCGGACUUGCUGUUCCGGACCGUGUCCGAGCUGUGACGAAAAGCCAGAGCGUUGAUAAUUUAAACAUGAUUAUAUCUGCGCCUGCAGUGCCUGAAAAGACCUUGAGCAGAAAGUCCUCAACUAUCAGCUCGGACAGCGGAUCUACUAUUUCAAAGUCAACCAAUCUCUCAAGCGCAGCGUCCAGUCCCUUCAAUGCUGUGGGAUCAAAGAAUACACAACAACAACAACACCAGCAACAGCAGUAUUAUUACCAUCAACAGCAACAAUAUCAACAGGAUCAGCAAGAUCAGUUCCACCAGCAACAGCAACAACAACAACAAUCCCUUGGAUCAUUCGAUACUUUUGCCAGUCUAAUGACUGGUGGAAACACAUCAGGAGCAGGAGCAGCGACAAGAGCAGAGACAGGGGCAGGGGACUUCUCUCAAAAUUAUCAUUCUUCUGUCUUUGGAUCAGGAUCAACAGCACCAACAUUUGUGGCGACACCCGCAGCACUCGAUCCUACAGCUGAUCCAUUCUCGCUUAUGACAAGCUCAUUCAACAAUAUGCAUAUGAGUUCACCUCAGUCACCCACAGGUAGCAACAAUAGUAGUUCACAUCUCCCUCCCACAUUCACAUCUGCCCAUGCCCCACCCUCACAAACAUCCAUGCUUUCUCAGUCAAGGAAUGUUUUCAAUACGCUCCCAAUAACCUCGUCCUCCAACACUCAAAACGCAUUGGCUUCAUUGAAUGAUGACCCAUUUUCCUUGUCAAAAGUAGCACAGCCACAGAACCCAUUGCAAGGAUUGGAUUACAGCUCAACUAUGACCUCAUCACUAGGCCCUGCUGUGGCAGGCAUUGGAGCUGGAUCUAUCACAGGUACAAAAUCAUUUGAUGACUACUUGUCUGUUCUGAGCCAUGGUCAGCAUCAAACAGCUUCAAUGUCAAGCCUUUCAAAUUCAAGUAUCCAUGGUACACCAUCAUCAUCUUUGUCACCCACACUUGCGUUUUCAACUACUUCGGCUUCGGCUUCGGCUUCAUUAUCACCGCAGUCAACCGGAGGAUCCAAUCCGUUCAGUAAGCAGCAGAUGCCGCAACUUCAGAGAGCUUUUAUGCCUGAUUAUCCUCAAUCUGCUCCAGCAGCAACUGUAAACAAUGAUAGCAACAGCAACAGUGCAGGACAACAAAGCAAUCCUUUUGCCAUGUUUGCAAAGCAGCAGCAUGCCCCAACAAUGGCCUCACAACCAUUCCAAACGCAAGCAUCCUUGAUUGACCCGUUUGGCAGAAUGCAGCAACAGGCUCAGGAUUACUUUUCAAGCAUCGGACUCAACUCCACCGGAACCAGGUCUCCCAAUCCUUUCGCAAUGACUGGAGGACAGCAGCAACAGCCUCAAAAUUUGAUGACAGCAGCCUCUGCCUAUCCAUCAAGCGCAAACUUUGAAUCUGCAUUCUCUUUGUCGAACACUCCUCGAUCCAUGACGGCCCCUGCAUCUACCUUUAGUAGCAAUAACAACAAUAAUAAUGUGAAUGAUAUGUUUGGACAGUGGACGAAGCCUUUAACCACGGCUGCCACUGCAAAAUACCCUUCGAUUGAUGACUUGGAUCCAUUCUCAACUUCUGCCGCAUCAACAUCGAACCCAUCAGCAUCGUUUUCAAAUCCCUUCUCACUCAAUAUGUAGAC